AAAAGCCUGUAAUUAUUAGGCCCUAUUGCCACUAUUAGUCGUACACUCGUGGUAUUAUUUUACAAUUUUCUGCAAAUUCUGCCUCUAUUCUGUUAAUGGUUUUGCUCACAGCCGCGUGCCAGUUUGCAGAUACUAUAAUCGUGGGAAAAUAAUGACAGUUAUCAGUCGCACCCACCAAGUACCCAUAAAAAUCUGUCCUCUGUUCUGGAAGAUGAUAAUUAUUGGUUGUACUACCAUUAUCAUUGUCGUUGUUGAUAGAGGAAAUCUUGAAGCAUUUUUCGAAAGUAAUUCCAGAGAAAUCACUUCAAAUUGGCCUAUUUUAGGGGGGACAAGGGACCAGCUUUCGUUAUAGCCUAAUAUUGCACAGAAAUCUUUAAAUUCAGGCAUCCGCAGCCGCCUGGCACACUGUGGCACACGUGCCGUGAUGUCAGCGCCUGCAUUUUGAUAACACAUUUUGCAACUUGCUAGUUCUGUUUUGAGUUCAAUUAUGUAAUUACACUGAUAAUCACAGUGACGGAAUUUAACUGCCUUUAAUUUGUUAUUCAGGUGGAGACGGAGGGACUGCGGAUGGAGCAGCCGGGCUGUGUCUCUGCACCGCACAGACACCAGAACAAGAGCUGCAGCCUGCAAAUGAAUACUAAAAAAAUGAAGACCUGCUGGAUACUUUCUCCUGCUUCUUCUUCUUUCACCAAGUGCACCCUGCGGAGGCUCUCUGACCUCGGAUGGCGCCGAUUUAUCUGCUUCUUUUCCGUCACAUGAUUUUUAAAGUGUUAUAAAACAUCAUUAGGGCCUGUACCUGAACCAACAAGCCUCGUUUGACACCAGAGCAGGACUGUUUGAUCGUCCCACUGCUGCCAGGUGUAACUGAGACCUCAAGCCACUGUUCUUCGGACCCAGCCCCAGCGUCGCCAAUCGGCUUCCCUCUUGGAGAGAGUGGACCAAUCAGCGACAGUCUUUGAUGAAUAUUCAUGAGUCCGAGAUUCAAACCUUUGAGCGAGUUUGUCUUGGUCCACAGCAUCAUACCUGGGACUUUUCACAGGCACAAACUACAUUUUCUUAUGAAUGGAAAGAGAAAAAAUCAGUUCGGCUUAAAUUGGGACUCAUCCUUCACUGAGAUCAUAGAAGGAAAACAACAAAAGCAGGACAAGGGGAACCGCAAGAAGAGAUGACAAUGACUACAAUUCCAGAAAGUCUUAAUAGCCCUGCCUCAGGAAAAACCGUUUUCAUGGAGUUUGGACCCCCGAGUCAACAAAUGUCGCCUUCCUCCAUGUCUCACGGACACUAUCCCAUGCACUGUUUACAUUCUGCAGGUCAUACGCAGCACGACAGCUACAGUCCAGCCUCGUCGUUCCCCAGAUCUUUGGGUUAUCCAUACGUAAACUCCGUCGGCAGCCAUUCCACCAGUCCAUAUCUCAGCACAGUACAGACCUACCAAAACAGCUCGGCGCUCACACAGACGCGGUUAGAGGAUGCAGCGCCAGAAGCAGAGAAAAACACAGUGGUCGAAGGCGGAGAGGUGCGAUUCAACGGGAAAGGGAAGAAGAUUAGAAAACCAAGGACUAUCUAUUCGAGUUUACAACUUCAAGCUCUGAACAGGAGAUUUCAACAAACUCAAUAUUUGGCGUUACCGGAGAGAGCUGAGCUGGCAGCGUCGCUUGGUCUCACCCAGACACAGGUGAAGAUCUGGUUUCAGAAUAAAAGGUCUAAAUUCAAGAAACUGAUGAAGCAAGGCGGUGGCACAAUUGACGCCAAUGCUUUGGCCACUGGCCGCGGACUGUCGAGCGGUUCUCCCUCGGUGGCACCUGUCUGGAGCUCGCCGACCACCGUGAAGACUUCAGUGGGGACAACCGGAUCUUACAUUCCCAGCUACACCUCAUGGUAUCCAACCACACACCAAGAGUCUAUGCAACAGUCACAGCUCAUGUGAACAGAGACCUCAGCCCUCGACUCUGCCAUGGCUCGUGUAUCAGGAUGUUGAAGGGGGCCUGUAGCCGCUCAGCGCGGUCUAGCACUGAUAACACACAACAACAAGAACCCCGGAGUGAGUCUGCUGCCGCAUGCCGCCAGCUGACACAGUGGCCUCCUCAUACCGGAUGACGGCAAGCAAGGGAUUGAAAGACUGAGAAGGCACGCAAUGCGCCCAAGGGCAACAAGUCCAUGACAGUCAGCGGAAACCGUCGACAAAUGGAUCCUUUUAUUGGCUGCUGUUUAUCACUUUUGUGUCAGUUCCUAUUAUUAUUAUUAUUUUUUUUUUAAAUCAUAUUUGUGUGAGUUAUUCUGUUUAUAAGAAAACACGUGUUUGUUUACACCAGAUGUCGGGCCCAAGGUGAUGAUGACCUAAAAAUCAAUCUGCAUUCAUUAACAGUUAAUGGUCGAUUAGGCCAUAGGGGUGUCUCUUUAACCAAAUAAUAACGAUUCAUAAAUCCCACUAGCAACCAUCAGGCCAUUAUGCCUACAGUACAUUCAACCGGAGCAUAUUGUGCGAAGCCUCAACUUGCUACUAUGUUUAUAUGUGUUUGUUAUUUAAGUUAAAUUAUUCAGAUGAGUUGUUUUCUUUCUGUUGAGGUCGGUGUGUGUUCACUUUGUAAGUGUGUUUGAAAUAACAACACUGUGUUGUUAAUGCUGCACUAACGCAAGCAAAGCUUUUCUAUGCCGUGCCCCCCGAUGUUAUGUGAAAAAUGUAAAAGGCCUGACAAUUCUGCUGCUUUAGAAAAAAAAAAUAUCCCGAGGGUGAGCAGCUCAUUUUGUCACUGUAUUUUGUACAUAAUUUUCAGAUUUGUUUUUGUGCUGUACUGGAUACGCUGUGAAACAGGGUUUUAGGCUUUCUGUAUUCGUCGAGAUGUGUUUAGUCAACAUAGAAAAUAUUUAGUUUUGUAUUGAUCACUUUAAUUUAUUUAUCUGUUUCUGAAGUUUAUGUACAGAAUGUGCAAAGUUUCAAAAGCAGUAAAAUAAUGAUUUAAAUUA